CGAAAACACCAAAAAAGAAGAAAAAUUGCGUCAUGUCAUGCUGUCUUCUGUCUAUAAUCAAUGUCAUUUCAAUAUUUGUUAUGAUAUUGUACUUUUGCUUGCUCCUUUGUCCUUUGUUGUUUCGAAUUUAGUUUACUUGAUAAUUUAAUAUUAAUGUUUAUAUAAUAGUUUAGAGUUUAUAGUCAUUAAUUAGUUUAUUCUUAUUUUAGUUGUGAGUUUAAAUUUAAAAUAUAAUAGUUUAGUGUUAAUUAGUUGCUAGUGUAAAUAUUAGUUUUUAAAAGUUAGGUUAUAGUAACAGUAUUAAAAGUAUAUUGAUUAUGGAGAGAACCAGCAAAAGGGUAAACUUCUCUGCCCAAGAAAAGGAAGAGCUAAUCUUUUUAGUAUCUAAGUAUAGGGAAGUAAUUGAAAGUAAAAAAACCAAUGGUGUAUCUCCAAAAGAUAAAGAACAUACAUGGGAGCAAAUUCAUUUUGAAUUUAAUUCAAAAGGUUUAAACACCUUCAGAACAAAGGACCAAUUAAAGAAGUAUUGGGCCAAUAUCAAGCAACUAGAAAGGCAGGCGGCAGCGAGCCUAAAAAUAAAUAGAUUGGGAACAGGAGGAGGGCCAUUCCAGCCACAGAAUGAGCCAGACGAAAAUGUUCUCGAUAUAAUCAAUGCAAAAACUGUCAGUGGUUUAGACAAUGAAUUUGACGAUGAAAUUUUAUUGGAGCAAAAUCUUCCUAUAAUAUUAGAGACAGAAAAUCAAAACACAGAAUAUACACAGAUUAGUUCUGGAUAUGUUGCAUCUGUAAUAAAACCAAAAACAGAUAAUAUUUUAAAUUGCAAGGAGGUAACAGUGAUUUGCAACGAUUCACAACCAGGUACUUCCAGAAGCAACAAUUCAUCCGAGUACCAGCCUUUGUCAAAGCGACAAAAAAUUAAUUCACAAACUAAGGUUACGCCACCAUAUGUCGAACCCGCAGUUCCACCAAAACUAGAUGAAUUGAAGGCCCAGUUUCUGAGUAGCCAGAUUGAGGAACUGAAGGAGAAGGUGGAAAUGAGGAAACAAGAACGAUUAUUUCAAGGGCAACUCCAAGCUCUCCAGCUCAAGGAAAAACAAGCAGAAGUGGACAUUUUGUUACAAAAAAAAAGAAAACUUGAGCUGGAGAAUGACGCUCUAGAAAGGGAAAUUAAAAAAAAAUGUACAUAGAUAUUAAAAUAAAAAGUGAUUAUUAGAUUA